CACCAAGAAACGCAAUAUAGUUCUGGGAAGGUAAGACACUUUCUACUUUUGCCUCUCCCGACCAUGGAGUCUCAGGUAUACGUACAAGAGCCUACAAGGACUGUCAUUGGCAUUCUCUUCCGUACAUUAAUCAUCCACAUCUUCGCAACCUACACUUUCCUCACAUACCAUCGCUUAGCUACUACACCCACAAAGCAUCAUCGCAUCCUCCUCAGUAUGAUAGCGUUCAUACUUCUGCCAAGCACACUACUCUCAUCUCUCCUUGUCAACUUGACCAUGACAUGCCGUCAAAUUCUUCAAGCCCGCCCAAAGCGAUCCAGACAAGCAUCAUUCCACUACUACAUCGCCGCCAGCCUAGGUGUCCACGUACCUUACAGCACCGAUAAUCACAUAUCCGACCCUGGCAUUACACAGCCAGCCGCCAGCCGCCGUUUCGCCCAAGGCAUCUUCACCGACCAACCAGAGCACCUCCUCGACAUCACAGAUCGCUCGACUUUACACUGCGUCCGCAAACCAUGGACCUGGCAGCAUACUCUGCACUUCGUCCUCAGCACUCUCGCACUCGCCCACGCAACAACCACGAUCAUCUUGUUCAUCCGCCGCGCACACCAUGGCUCUCACCCUGCCCAACCCACAUGGACAGACACCGAGACAGAAAUGUACGGUAGCUGCCUAGGCCUCGACGGCAGGAACUUUUGGCUCGCGCUCAAUACCUGCUUCGCAAGUGUCGCGAACCUCAUGCUACACUCCCUGAAUGUCCACUGGACAUUCAGCGACGACACUUACGACGCUAUCCCGACUUAUCCACCAGAAGUCUGGAUUCGCAUCGCUGUAGAUAUAGUCAUUGCCGGACUAAUUCAGGAAUCUCAGCCGAUACAGCAUGGAGCGCUUAAUCGGCGGCAAUGGCCGCAUUACCCGGUGUCGAUGUUAAAGACUAUACUUCGGCUGACCCGGGUGUUGACACUACGCUCGAAGGUGGGAUGGGCGGUGUUAGGCCUUACAGUGCUUGCAGUGCUUGUGCUAUGGAGGUUAUGGAAGCGGAUAUUCGCUUGCAUGCAAAAUCCGAUCACGGAUAUUCUUUACGUAGUGCUGGCGGCGGCUGCGCUUUUCUGGACGGUCGUCGAUGUUGUGAGUCUGCUUUUUAGUGACUUUGCGCAACUUGUGCGGUUUCAUGAGGAGGAGAUGUUUUGGGCUUGGUGGCUAGAUCCGGUGUCGAAGUGGAUCCGGAUUGUUUAAACCGGCCAGACAUCAUCGCGUAACUGACAGCUUCGAAGGACGUGAUCUAUGGAUGGGACUCAGAGCGGUGCAGUGCGUUCGAAUAUUGUUCGGG